AGGUCUGCGUGCGUCCGUCAGUCAUGAUGCGGCGCACGCGGCAACAGGCACGCGGAAGGCCAUGGCCAUGACGACUGAGCGUAACGUGUUACGAGCGUUUGUCGCGCUUAUCGCGCUCAUCGCUGGCUGCAAGUUUGGAUACUCGAAGAUUCUGGACAGCCCCAGCUUCGCAGAGCCUAUCCAGAACAUCACGGUGGCAGUGGGCAGGGAGGCCAUCCUAACCUGCGUCGUCCAGAACUUGAACCCCUACAAAGUCGCUUGGUUACGAGUAGACACCCAAACAAUUCUGACCAUUCAAGGUCAUGUAAUAACGAAAAAUCACAGGAUAGGUGUAACCCACAGCGAGCAGAAAACCUGGUACCUCCAUAUCAAGGAAGUGAAGGAAAGCGACAAGGGAUGGUAUAUGUGUCAGAUAAAUACAGACCCAAUGAAGAGCCAAGUUGGAUACCUUGAUGUCGUGGGUAAGAACGUUUUAGUCUCCCCGGAUAUACUCGAUACGCGAACGAGUCCAGAUUUGAUAGUUGAUGAAGGAUCCAAUGUCAGUUUGCACUGCUCUGCCAGAGGAUCUCCAGAACCCCUCAUAACAUGGAAGAGGGAAGACGGCCAGAUGAUUCCUCAAGGAGCGGAUAACUACGUUGCCACUGCGAAUGGUCCUACUCUAAACAUCACCAAAGUCAAGAGGGACCAUAUGGGUCCUUACUUAUGUAUAGCUUCCAACGGUGUACCACCAUCUAUUAGUAAGAGGAUAAUGUUGAUUGUACAAUUCCCCCCUACGAUUUGGAUAGAGUAUCAACUUGUGGGUGCGUAUGAGAAUCAAGAAGUAGUGCUUGAAUGCCACUGUGAAGCUUUUCCAAAAUCAAUUAAUUAUUGGACAAGAGACAGGGGUGAAAUAAUAUCACAUAGUAAUAAAUAUGUCCCAGAGUUGAUAGAAGAUGGAUAUAAAACCCAUAUGAAACUGACCUUGAGGUAUCUGAUAGAGCCAGACGAUUAUGGAAUCUACAAAUGCGUUUCCAAGAAUUCUGUUGGAGAAAUGGAAGGAACGAUAAAUGUUUACAAAAUUCCAGAUCCGAACAGCAAGACUGUCAAUUCCAUCAACAACAAGGGUCUAUCAAAGUAUCAAAAAGAGACUUCAAAAGAUCAUGUGAAGCCUAAAAAAGACGAAACUAAUUUAUUGUUCCUUGGCAAUGAGAUCAGGGACAAUUCCACUUCAAGGAAUAGGAUCUCAAGUUUAAUUAUGGUGUUGGUAUUGAUAUUUCAUCUUUGGAAGAACAAUCGGAUCACGAACUGAGAUGUGAUUUGAAGGAGAUCGUCUUUUGUUCGAAAAGUUUAUGUUGAGAGACUAUCAAAAUUGUAUCAAGUGCUUGGCUGGAUCUGCAGUGAUACUGCAUUAAUAUUCUUUAAAGUAAAUAACGAUUUGAGCGAGCUUAUCCAAACAGAAUAUUUCCAUUCACUGGCUCAGAAAACCAGGUUGAUAAUUUUUAUGGAAUUGUAUAGCUGUCAAUUAGGAUAGAAUUGUUUAUAUAAAGUGGAAAAUAACUACGUUGAAUUUGUAUAGUUCUAACUUUCAUCCAAACUCUCGAGUUGGUUCACCAACGGACAUCGUGUUAACCCAAAAACUAAAAAUAAUAAAAUCUUUCUGCUUUCUUGGAUCAAUUUUUUCCAGUUUCAACAUUGUAUCAUCAAUCGAAUUAACUUCAUAAUAUAAGAAAACAAUAGAGUACUAGGUGUUUCAUUGACAUUGUAAUAAAAAUUACUAGAUUCAUAUAAAUACUCUGUUGAUGUCGUUUCGUUUUACUGAAAACAAUUAUGAAAGAAUUCCAAUAUCCAGAAGAUAUGUAGCAUGUUUAUGAGGAAAAAGAACAAUAAGCUAUUUGAUGAUCUACAUUGAGAUUUCCUAUAGAUUCGAGAUAUUUUUGUAUGCUUGUCAAUACUGAUAUAUCAUGAUUAUAUUAAAUUGUGUAACAA